AUGGGGCUCACGUUAAAACAAACAAACAAACACGCCAGGUGUGGGUACGUCGCCAAGGCCCCGAGCAUGGCCCAGCCGGGCCCCGCGCCGCCCGCCCCGGCGCAGCUGGUGCAGAAGGCGCACGAGCUGAUGUGGUACGUGCUGGUCAAGGACCAGAAGCGGAUGGUCAUCUGGUUCCCAGACAUGGUGAAGGAUGUCAUCGGCAGCUACAAGAAGUGGUGCCGAAGCAUCCUCCGGCGCAGCAGCCUCAUCCUGGCCCGCGUGUUCGGACUGCACCUGAGGCUGACCAGCCUGCACACGAUGGAGUUCUCGCUGGUCAGAGCGCUCGGGCCCGAGGAGCUGGACCGGAUGGCGCUGAGCAACCGCAUGCCCAUGACCGGCCUGCUGCUCAUGAUCCUGAGCCUCAUCUACGUGAAGGGGCGCGGCGCGCGCGAGAGCGCCGUCUGGAACGUGCUGCGCAUCCUGGGGCUGCGGCCUUGGAAGAAGCACUCCACCUUCGGGGAGGUGCGGCGGCUCAUCACCGAGGACUUCGUCCAGCAGAACUACCUGAAGUACCAGCGCGUGCCCCACGUGGAGCCCCCCGAGUUCGAGUUCUUCUGGGGCUCCCGCGCCAGCCGCGAGAUCACCAAGAUGCAGAUCAUGGAGUUCCUGGCCAGGGUCUUCAAGAAAGACCCCCAGGCCUGGCCUUCUCGCUACAGGGAGGCUCUGGAGGAGGCCAGGGCCCUGAGGGAGGCGGACCUCGCUGCCCACUACCCCCACGCCAGUGUCUCCCAGGACUAGCCAGGUCCGGGGGCGCAGCGAGGUCCCGGCCCCCCAGGGCGGCGAGCGCGGUGGGGCUUUUCAGAGCAGAGAUUCCCGUGCCACACUUUAAUCUUCAGCACAGUGCUUUUAUACCUUUUAAUGCCAUGUCGUACUCAUCCCGGCCCCGUAGCUAGCGCGUAGAUUCCUGCAUGUGUUUCUAAGUGAGCUCAGUCGGUGCUUUGGCUUUCGUGCUACCUUGAAUUUUUGUACCAGAGGUGUGCUAAAAUGACGAAGUGCGUUGAGAAGUUCUCCAUCUUCUUCUUUUCUAUGGGACGGAUGACGGAUGUGCAUCGGGUGGCCUGCCUCUGGACAGUUUGGAAGAAAAGCAGAGCAAAGGCAAGGCGCCCUGUGUCUGUGACCCGGCUGGGCACAGGCAAGGUCCGGGGCAGUGCAGAGAUGAGGGCUGGGCUGGCCUCGCGUGGGCAUUUGGCACACUGUACCCAGCAGUAGACCCCACCACGAGUAAACUUUAAACAUUAAAGAUCCUUGUGAUACAACCAG